CUCGAAGAAACUUAAACGCACUACGACUUCUUGAGCCUUUUUAACUCCACAAACAAAUGGCUCCAAGAACCUCCCUUGCACUCUUCCUUUCUCUCAAUCUCCUCUUUUUCACUUACACCUCUGCAACAUGUUCCAAGUGCCUCCCCACCCCAACUACGCCAACCACCCCAACUACGCCAACCACCCCAAGCUCAGGGACUUGUCCUAGAGAUUCCCUACAGCUCGGUGUUUGCGCCAAUGUGCUCAAGCUAGUGGACCUAACAUUGGGAAACCCACCUGUAAAGCCAUGCUGCUCUCUCAUCCAAGGUUUGGCUGACCUUGAGGCUGCAGUCUGCCUCUGCACUUUGCUCAAGGUUAACAUUCUUGGAAUCAACAUUAACCUUCCCAUCGAUCUCAGCAUACUCCUCAAUGUUUGCGGUAGAAAAGCUCCAACGAAUUUCCAGUGCGCGUAAGUUUAAAUACUUAUAACGUACCUAUAAAAUAAAUGAAUCAUACACUUUAUGAAUUGUGGAACCUAUUGUCUUAUCUUUUGUUUUAUGUACGGUGAUUUUUUUUUUUUAAUCUUUUUGUAUUUUUUUGUAUUGUUUAAAAUGAACGUACGUUCUCAUGCAAUAAUGGAUAACGGGUUUACGUGUGUAAUCGGAAAGUUUGUACUCCUUUUCUUCA